CUCAUUCUUCUUCUUCCCGACAGCCCCCAAGCCCCCAGCCACCGACUUCCUUUCCCUUGAGAAAACCGGUGAGAAAGCUUGGAUUUUUCCCUUCUUUUCUUGUUCAAGAACCAGAUUUGGAGCUGAGAAGUCUUUCCCCUCUGCAGAAAAUCCCGGAUCUGCUCUGCUCUUCCUCCCCUGUCCGCCGGCUGCCAUGUGGGUGUGUGAUUUCUGGGCAUUUUUCCGAUAAGCCACAGCCACGAACUCCAUCUUUUCAACUUGAUUUAGCUUGGGUUCAUGUUAAAUUUGUUGUUUCUUGAAUUUUGGGUAGCCCGUGAGCUUGCCCUGCAUUGCCGCCGGCUGCUUCUGCCUUGUGGGGGCGAAUUGGCCUGGUUUCUGCCCGUGGGUUUCUCCCCAAAUUCCCGGCGGCAACUUUCCCAAUCUGCAGCUCCGGUUUUGCUGGAAAAUUAUGGAAGCAAAACCGAGAACGGGGAAACCACUGGAAGUGACGAGUUAAAAGGCUCGCUAUUUUGAGAUUGAUAUAGAUUUUAAAUAUAGAUCAUGAUCUUAUAAACUAAACGUUAUUUGGAGAUUUAUGAUAUCAGAGCAAAUUUUAUAAGUUUAUUUUCAGAUUUGGUGGUAUCAGAUUAUAGUAUGAUAAGUUCCGAACCUUGUGCAUUUGUGGGUCCCUCUCACGAGUGCCUGGCGUCUGCCACAUCCCCGGAUUUGGGUUUUGGGGCGUGACAAUCCUGAAGUUCUCCCUGCACUUCCCGCCGGCCCUCCCCAAUCUGCAGCUCCGGUUUUUGCUGCUAAAUUCUGUUGCUGUUAUGGCUUAGAGCACUUGGAUUGAGUCCUCGGUUUUGUGCGAUUUGAGGUAAGUAAAUUAUGGUAACGCCCUUUGAUUUUAAAGCACAUUUUAGCUUAUUUUUGAAGUGGUGGCGGGACUAAACCCGUUUUAGACAAGUAUGAUCGAUUUCAAAUGAAAUUAUUGUUCUUUUUAUUGAUUUGAGCUUGCCUUCUUGGAGUUUACUUAACUGUCCUGAUGAUCUGGAAAUGAUUUGUGAAUUAUGAUUUUCCUGUUAACUUCUACUUGUUUUGUCUCCGAUAUGGUCAUGUUAUUUGUGAGCCCGCUAGUGGGAGGUUUAUAAAUGCUAGCACAUGUCGACAUGUUACUGAUAAAACCGGUUUGUUUUUGUUAUCUUGCUAGUGGGAUUAUACAUUAGUAACUCGUGUGCUUGCCAGUGGGAGGUUUAUAACACUGGCCAUGACCUAUAAAGAAGACGUCUAUUUCGUUUCCAUACCCGUAUCUGUUUUUCGUGAUUAAACAUGUUGGCAUGCUAUAAGUUAAUUAAGGGCUAUUUAUAUUUACUUAUUGAGUUAUCUCAUAGUUUUUCCUUAUUCACCAUUUCAAGAAGCGAAGCCAAGGACAGGGAAACCACGAAAAGUGAUGAGUUAGAAGGCUAGCCAUUUCGAGAUUGAUAUAGAUUUUAGAAAUAAAUCAUGCUUUUGUAAGUUAGAUUGUAUUUGGAGAUUUUAUGAUAUCCGAGCAAUUUUAAGAUUUUACCUUGAAUUUAUGAGAUCAAAACAGAUUUCGGUCAUUAGAUCAAUUACUUAGAUUUAAGUCAUUUUGGAUAUGCAAAUAAAUUGAGAUGUUUGAU